AUGAGCGGGAGGAUUAUCUCCCAACGCCUCGCUCCACAGCUGCGGAGGGGCUUGUUGUUGACUCGUCAUGUCAACUUGGUCAGAAGUCGGACUGGCGGUCUUUUGCGUGUCGAUAAUGUCGCAGUCAGAGGUCGUGCAUGGCCAGUCGGUGCCAGCUCUAUUCACAACAACGUCCCCGCUGUACGGAAUAUCUCGUUUGCACGAAUACUUCCGCGACUGGCCCUUAAAUUGGCGCGUAUUCCGGCGAUGUUUGGAGGAGCUAUGAUUGCGGGGGUGGCUUAUUUGCAAUACCAGGCGACACAGGCCGGGAAUUACGCGAUCGAUCUAUUUAAUCAAGGAUGGGAAACCGCUGGCGGUGCUGCGUCGAAUUUGUUUCAGGGAUUACAGGAUGUCGCAUCUCAGACUGGACGAGGUUGGCAGCGAGUCAAGGAGGAAACAGAACUUCCCGAAUGGCUGCAAAAGAUACUUCGUCUGGAUGAGGAGUCACAAGGAGAUGGACACGGUGGAGGGAGAUCCCCGAGCGAUAAUCAAGCCGCCGCUGCUGCUGCAGGAGCAGCAGCGGGAAGUGCUUACGCCUACGAAAAUGUGGAUGACGGCGACUAUCAAACACGAAGAGAAGCGGAUAACGAUCAGAUGAUGGUUUUGACACGGAAAAUGAUUGAGAUUAGAAAUAUUCUGACCCAAGUUGGACAAUCAAAUACGUUGACGUUACCAUCGAUUGUUGUUAUCGGGUCGCAAUCCUCUGGCAAGAGUUCUGUCUUGGAGGCUAUUGUCGGACACGAAUUCUUGCCCAAAGGCUCGAAUAUGGUUACUCGCCGCCCGAUAGAGCUUACAUUGGUCAACACGCCGAAUGCGCAAGCAGAGUACGGAGAAUUCCCUGCAUUGGGGCUAGGGAAGAUUACAGAUUUUUCACAAAUUCAACGGACGUUGACGGAUUUGAACCUGGCCGUCAGCGACAAGGAUUGUGUUAGCGACGACCCCAUUCAAUUACAUAUAUAUUCACCACACGUUCCCGACCUUUCCAUGAUCGAUUUACCAGGUUAUAUUCAAGUUGCCGGUAGCGAUCAACCUCCGGAGUUGAAACAGAAGAUCUCCGAUCUUUGCGACAAGUACAUUCAAGCGCCUAAUAUCAUUCUUGCUAUUUCAGCAGCCGAUGUCGAUUUGGCCAACUCUACAGCUCUCCGUGCUAGCCGCCGAGUUGAUCCGAGAGGCGAGCGUACAAUUGGAGUGAUAACAAAGAUGGACCUGGUGGAUGCAGAACGCGGUGCUAGUAUACUCACCGACAAGAAGUAUCCGCUACGACUUGGAUACGUUGGUGUUGUAUCUCGUGUUCCCCAGACCACUACACUAUUUUCUCGCGGAAGCGGCAACAUUACAAAUGCUAUUGUGAAGAAUGAAAGAGCAUACUUUUCAGCACAUCCAAGCCAUUUCGGACCUAACUCAGAGACGUCUGUUGGUGUUCCGACAUUACGGGAAAAGCUAAUGAACGUUCUUGAACAAACGAUGGCACGAAGUCUCGCUGGUACGAGAGAUGCCAUCAGCCAAGAAUUGGAGGAAGCAACCUACGAAUUCAAGGUCCAAUAUAACGACCGGCCCCUCAGUGCAGAGUCGUAUUUAGCAGAAAGCCUGGAUAGCUUUAAGCAUUCAUUCAAGGCUUUUGCAGAAAGUUUCGGACGUCCUCAGGUGCGAGAGCUGUUAAAACAUGAACUCGACCAAAGAGUUAUGGACAUCCUUGCUCAACGGUACUGGAAUAAACCUAUUGAGGAUCUUUCAGAGGCGACGUUGGAUGUAGAUCCUUUGAAAGAUCUACCCAAAGCCGAUCCGGAGAACCUCUACUGGCAUCGCAAACUAGACGCUUCAACAUCAAACCUUACAAAACUUGGAAUCGGAAGAGUAGCAACCACAGUUGUGGCUAGUGCUUUGCAACAACACGUCGAGCGCCUUGUUGCGCAGUCCACAUUUGCAUCGCACCCAUACGCCCAGAAUGCGAUUAUGGAGGCGUGCAAUGGUAUUCUCAACGACCGAUUUUUCAGCACAAGUGAUCAAGUCGAAAAUUGUAUCAAACCGUAUAAAUUCGAGAUUGAGGUUGAGGAACCUGAGUGGGCCAAAGGGCGCGAGAGCGUUAGCAAAGUGCUCAAAGAGGAACUUACAGCAUGUGAGGGAGCACUGAGACGAGUAGAAGACCAGAUCGGCAAGCGAAAGUUGAAAGAUGUCAUGAGUUUUGUGGACAAAGUACGCAAGGGCGAGGCUGUUCUAGAGGGUAAUGGUGCAGGUGGCGCAGGCGGAUUCAGUGCUGCAUUAUUAGAAAAGGGCCGAGAAGGUAUAUUCCUCCGUGACCGCGCCGACAUCAUCAAAAUGCGCCUUCUAGCCGUACGAUCAAAGCAAUGCUCCACCCUGAAAAACAAAUACUACUGCCCCGAAGUCUUCCUCGACGUAGUAGCCGAUAAACUCACCUCAACUGCAGUCUUAUUUCUGAACGUCGAACUCCUCUCAGAAUUCUACUACAAUUUCCCCCGCGAACUCGAUCAACGAUUAGGGCGACAUUUAUCUGAUAGCGAAGUCGAGCGUUUCGCGCGUGAAGAUCCGCGUGUGCGCAGACAUUUGGACGUGAUCAAGAAAAAAGAAACUCUUGAAUUAGCGUUACAGAAAAUCGAAAGUUUGAGGCAGUUGGAAGGCAGGUCUAGAAAUGCCGGGAGAGGAGAAGCGUUGUCGAAGGAGUCGAAUGGUAAGGAGCGAAAGGGGUGGUUAUUCUAACCUUUGGGUACAUCAGUCCUUUUGUUUUAUUUUUGUUUGUUUUAUCCGUGAUACACCUUAUAUAUAGCUAGUCUGUUAGUUUGAGAUACUCCUUUCCUUUAUUCUUUUGUAUGAAUAUGAUUUCCUCGCUCUGCCUUGUUUGUCGGGCUAUGCUGUAGGUCUUCUC